ACCAGUCUGUGGCCACUUGACACUUGAACUCCUGUAAGUUGACAGAUUGUGUUAAUGUGUUUUUAUCACACGAAUUUCGAAAUAAUCUUCGGUUUGUGGCCAUAAUUUAUGAUUGUAUAAAGUGUCGCAUUUUAUUAUACAGAAAUAUUCUUAUCAUGGCUUUCUCUAUGUUCUUACGCACACCAGCUUGCACAAGUCGACUUUUGUCGCAGCAUAUGAUGAGACUGGGAACACAACCUGCCCUAAAGCCAAUUGAAACCCAUCGUACCAUAGCAACCAUCAAUUCACUCAAGAACACUUUGUUGAAGACUGAAACUACGCCAAUCUUAAAUUCGGUGCGAUCAUUCCGCACAUCAGCUGUACGUUUAGCCAGUGAGAAAGGCUCGGAUCACUCCAAACUGUGGGUGGUUGAGAGGGUAACGUCCGCAAUACUUAUUCCGCUAAUUCCCUUGGCAUUGCUCUCACCGAACAAGGUGCUGGACUCGCUUCUGGCUAUUACGAUUACAGCCCAUAGUUUCUGGGGUUUGGAAGCAAUCGCAGUUGAUUACGUACGAGCGAGUAUUUUCGGUCCUGUCAUCCCUAAGAUCGCCAUCGGCCUUGUCUACCUUAUUUCGAUCGCGACCCUCGGAGGCCUUUUUUACGUCAUCACUCAUGACAUCGGAAUAGCCAACUCUAUCAAACAAUUCUGGGCUAUCAAGGCUGGACAGAAAGAGUAAAGUAUUAUUAGAAUAUUUUUUGUGGGCAACACAUCUUGUAAUUUGUUAUCUGUUGCAUAAUGACGUGUUAAAUGAUUAUCUAGAAUAGUAAGUUAAAAAGAUUAGUUGUAAAAUGUUGUAAAUGUAUUAAUUUCAAUUUAAAAAACUUAUUUUGCAUAUAACUUUUUCGUCCAUUCUUAUUUUUUUUAAUUUUUGACAUAGCUGCUUAGUGUUGCUACUUAUUAAUUUUAUUCCUUGGCAAAGGGAGAAAAAUUUUGUUUCUAAAUUACCUGAUAGUGUUAAUAGGUACUUAAUGAAAAGCGUGAUUGUUAAACAAUUUUCUUUUAACAAAACUAUGGUUCUCCAUUAUCAUGAAAUGAUUUGAACGAAUUAUCGAUAUUUUAUUAGUUAAGUGCGUUUUUUCUAGUAUCAAAUCUUUUCGAAAUCAAAUGACUGCCUAAAUGAAAAAACCUUUUUAUAAUGUAUAAAUAAUUUUAUUGUGUUUACGAUUCUAAUUCAAGACCUUUUAACAGAUAUGUGAAAUAAUUUAUUCUAAAAAUAAAUUUGAUAUAACUGGAAA